CUUCAUCCUCACCUUCACCGUUUUCACUUCGUGUCACUUGUCAUCCCACCGUGCAUCGCCCAAGAUGAUGGAAUCGAAGGACCCUCUCGUCUGGAUCGAUUGCGAAAUGACGGGACUGGAUCCCGAGAGCGACACCAUCAUGUCCAUUGCCUGCUUCGUCACCGACUGCCACCUCAAUCUCGUCGACGAAGACGGCUUCGAGGUUAUCAUUCACCACAGCAAGGAAGCUCUUGACCGUAUGGGAGAGUGGUGCACCAAACACCACGGCGAAUCCGGGCUGACCCAGGCCUGCCUCGACUCGAAAACAACACCACAGGAGGCAGCCGAAGGCCUUCUCCAGUACAUCCAGAAGCAUGUGCCAACGCGCCGGACCGCGUUGCUGGCUGGCAACUCCGUUCAUGCGGACCAAACUUUCCUGGUGAAGCCGCCAUACAAGGCUGUCACCGACUAUCUCCAUUACCGGAUUCUGGACGUCAGUAGUCUCAAGGAGGCUGCGCGACGAUGGGCGCCAGCGGAUGUUCUGAAGAACAUGCCGAAGAAGAAGAUGUUACAUGAGGCGCGAGCCGACAUCCUCGAAAGCAUAGAGGAAGCUAGGUUCUACCGCGAGACGUUCUUCAUAGGAAGUUCUUGAUGCGACCCAUCCGUUGGCCGCCAGUCAGACAAGAUGGAUGUGGACAUGGGGGCCACCUAAGGAGAGUUAUAGUCACCCGCUCAGCUCUACUUUAUUCGAGGGCAAUUUAGCGACGCGGCAUCAAAUUCAUGCCUGAACCUCUGAUAAGCAAGGCUGAAGUGCGUAUUGAGGCUUUCAGGAGUGGUCGCAAAGACAUCCAAUGGGAGAGAAGGUGGCGUCCGAGCACCAACGCGAUUAUUGUCUCCCCUCCCACUCAUGCUCAGCCUGCAUUUAGUAGUGCGGGCUGACCGAGCAUGCUCAAGUACACCUCAAAGCCUUGCAGUGUUGGCCUGACACAUUUCCUCAGCCUUGUCUGGUUUUGAGCUUUCAGAUAUCGGCCGUCAGGAUGUGCGCAGCAUACAGCUUCGCAACCUUCGUCAUCGCUUUUUCCGCCCUCACCUACGCGAGCGGCGCGGUGC